AUGCGUGGGUUCAUGCGCCUCCUCGUGUGGAUUGUGGUCCAGGCCUCCGUGCUGGCGCUUCGCGACCGAGACGCCACAGACCUGGACGUGGACCAGGCCAGUGCGGAGCUUGCCCGCCCUACCCCAGAGGAGGCCGCCAUGAUCCAGGCCGAAGGAAGCUCCGAAGUGGGGAAGAAGUGCUGCUGCAACGGUCAGUACUACACCAUCGCUCAUGCUGAGAGCUGUUCGGCACAGGGAGCGCGCCUGGUGAGGACGAGCUCAGUCGGAUGCGGGAGCGGCUUCACAGGAACAUGCAACAAGUAG